AUGUGGAACUACUUUUUCGGUGGCAACAGCCUGACUAAGAAGGAACUUCCCAAGAAGGCCAUUGUUGAGUUGCGAGAACACAUCAACACCUUGAAUAAGAAACGUUCCCAUUUGGAACAGCAGAUGGCUGAUCAGGAGGCCAUUGCCCGUAAGAACCUCAGCACCAACAAGGCAGCCGCCAAGAAUGCAUUGAAGAAAAAGAAGGGCUACGAAGUCGCCUUGAUCAAGACCGAGAACCAGAUUGAAUCCUUGGAAACCCAGUUGGGAGCCAUCGAAGGUGCCAACUUGAACUUGGAAACCAUGAAGGCAAUGAAACAAGGUGCCAGUGCCAUGAAACAGAUACAUGGCGAAUACAACGUCGAAAAGGUGGAAGACACCAUGGACGACAUCAGAGAACAGGUUGAGUUGGCCGAUGAGAUAUCAGAAGCCAUAUCCAGACCAGUUGGUACUGAGUUCGUAGACGAAGACGAAUUGGAGGAAGAAUUGGCAGCAUUACAAGCAGAAGAGCAACAGCAACAAGUCCCAGCACAGAAGGCUGCUCCUGAAAAGCAACCGGCCCAACAGUUGCCUAGCUUCCCUACGGUGAACAAAGCUCAGCCAGAAGCUACUGUGGAAGAAGACGAAGACGAAGAAGCCUUGAAGGCAUUGCAAGCCGAGAUGGGCUUGUAA